AUGUCUCAAUUUCCAGCAUUAGAAGACUUUGAUGCAGGAUUAGGAUCUGCACCAGAAGGUAAAAGUGAACAACCAACUGAUUUCCUUGAACGAGAGAAACUUGCCCUUGGUGAAGAUGCAAACCAGUUCGGAGCGGUAGAGGACAAAGACACGCUGUUAGGUGUAGAAAAGGACUCAGAAGCAGAAAAGGAUGACUUUGAAAAGAAUUUCCCUCCUAUCGAUACUGAAAUGCAAACUUCUGGUACCUUUUCGGCUCCUAAAGCCCCUUACAUGGGCCAAGCUGAGGUGCAUCCUCCUGAACAAGAUACAGAGGAUUCAGAACCCAUUCAGAAAUGGAAAAAUGCAAAUGAGCGAAGAAUUCGUGAAAAGCAUGCAGCAAGUCGAAGACUUCACGAAUCCAAUGUAGAAAAGGCAAGAAAGGCCAUUGAUGACUUUUAUGAGAACUAUAACGAUAAAAAAGACAAAAUCAUUGCAAAGUCAAGAAAUGAACAAAAGACCCUUUUGGAUAAGAAUGAAGCCGUUUCUUCGGGUACUACUAGCUGGCAACGUAUUUUGAAGCUUGUAGAUUUGUCUGACAAAGCCGAAACCAACGAUCGUUCGGUUCAGCGUUUCCAUGAAUUGCUUAUUAGUCUUGCUAAAGAUGAAUCUGCUCCCGGAGCUAGUGGGAAGGCCGUUUCGGCUUAG